CGAGAACAGAAUCUGGAAUAUCGUUUCCGUUUAAGAAAAAAAACUUCAGAAUUAACUGGAUAGAAACAUUUGUAAUGUUAAUAAUUAGAAGGGAGUGAUAACAAGAUAACAUUCGGUUGUUUAUCGUACAAUGGUUCUGGGUUUCGAUGGGAGCCCCGAUUGCGUGUAUGUGCUUUAUGCAAGGUGUCCGCCGCGACCGUACAUGAUUCUGAACAUGGAGAAUAUAAUGUGUACAUAAACGGAGUUGUCGGGACAAAUGCAUAUUUGCAAAACGGUGAAUAGAAUGGGAAAACAAGGCGGAUCUUGUUGGUGGUUCGUCAAAACCGUGAAUUGGACACCAGUUAUCUUUAUUUUGACGACCAUCGUGUGGUCGUAUUACGCUUAUGUGGUGCAAUUAUGUUUUUAUAAAAUAGAUAAUUAUGUUCAGAAAGCAUUUUACCUGUUUUUCUAUCAUGCCCUAUUUUUAAUGUUUUUGUGGUCCUACUGGCAAACUGUAUUUACAGAUUUAAUAGCAGUACCAGACAAGUUUAGAAUACCAGACGUUGAAAUGGAAAAGUUUCAGCAAGCUGAGACAGAAGAAACACGAAGACAGAUCUUAGACAGAUUUGCACAAGAUCUUCCAGUCACAAAUUUUACUAUUAAAGGAGUAAUACGUUUCUGUGAGAAGUGUCAGUUAAUUAAGCCAGAUCGAGCACAUCAUUGUAACGUGUGCAGGACAUGUGUCUUAAAAAUGGAUCACCAUUGUCCAUGGGUAAAUAACUGCGUGGGCUUUCACAAUUACAAAUUCUUCAUAUUGUUUCUGGCAUAUGCUCUUCUAUACUGUAUAUUCAUCACCGCUACAUCUUUACAACAUUUUAUACGUUUUUGGAGGGGAGAACUGGAUGGAAUGGGUAGAUUUCAUCUUUUGUUCUUAUUUUUUGUGUCAUUGAUGUUUGCAGUGACCCUAAAUUCUCUGUUUCUCUACCAUUGUUAUCUGGUUCUACAUAAUAGGUCGACACUAGAGGCAUUUACUCCACCUAUGUUCCGUACAGGAAAGGAUAAAGAUGGUUUUAGUCUUGGAAAGUACAAUAAUUUUCUAGAAGUGUUCGGCGAUAAUCCUAAACUAUGGUUCCUUCCAGUCUUUACUAGUCUUGGAAAUGGUGUCACGUAUCCAGUACGCGCGCAACAUCAAGGCCCACCCAAUACUUACGACUCCAUGGGCAGUACUCGAAACAGUUUUGGCGAUGGGGUAAACUUUCCUGAACGGCUGUGCAAUGAAGACACACAUACUCUGUUGGGGCAUACUGCCCAACAGUGGGGUGAGGAGACCGAGCUUGACUCUCCACCUCCCUAUGGGUCGCAAGCAGGUAUUGUGUAGUCUGAAUCCCUACUUUGAGGCAGUGCGUUAGUCCACAUGCUACAGUAUUCCUGGUACAAAGCUCACGUUAGCCACAAUUACUCUCUUCGUUACAUCCAUAAAGAAAGUAGAUUCAGUUCUCCGAAUAACUUU